AUGGUCGACUGGCACGCUCCGCGCACCUUGUUUCUCCAAGCUGAAUCUCUACAGAAGAUGACCUGUGUCUUCGCCGGGAUAUACUUCUAUGAUUUCCUUCUGAAUCUACCCUAUGACUGGGAAGUCAUCAACAAAAAGUACACCCGGCCGGUGACGAUGCUGGGAAAUUGUCUGUACAUAACCAGCCGCUAUUUGGCGUUCAUAUGCUGCGUGUGUAUGUGCGUCCUGAUCAGCAGCUAUCGAGCUGUCAGUUGUCCGUCAUUACUGAGACUAGUGACUCUAUCGGGAGUCGUGGGUAUCGCAUCUGCGUCAUCGCUACUUUUCGUACGCGCAUGUGUCAUAUGGAAGUGGAACCGAUGGGUUACCGCCUGCCUUUCCGCUCUUCUUGUAGCUCAAUACAUCGUGGGCAUCAGAUCGGUUAUCUUGAUCUCGUCCGUGUACGACCCAUCAAUAAGGCAAUGCACCCUAGACGAUGUGAUUGAGGACAGGCCAGUCUCGGUGGCCGUGUUCAUCACCGAUUUCACCCUACUCGCAUUCAUACUGAUCGGGCUUCAGAGGAGUUGGCGAGAUGCCCGUGGGUUCCCCUUAUGGUACACACUAUGGAAUCAGGGUUUGCUGUAUUUCUUACUAGCCAUCACCAUGGAGGUCCCUCUUGUCGUGUUCCUCAUGCUGAACCUCAACGAGGUCAUGAACACGCUCUUCAUCAUCCCUAGCGUUGCGAUGUUGGUCGUCGGCGCCACUCGAUUCCACCGCGAGCUGACGAAGCAUUCCUCUGGGGUCACAGUAUAUAAUGUUCCAGCUCUGCCAUCUGCGGAGCCGGACUCCUUUGAGCUGGUGCACGCCAGAGUUGUUCCAUUGCAUGGGCGGUAG